AUGAUUGGUCGAUUGAUGGAAGUGACUCCUACUGACGUGGAAUUGUAUCAUCUCAGAAUGUUAUUGCACCACGUGAGAGGUGCAUUGUCUUUUGAAAGUUUAAGAGAUGUCCACGGAACAGUGUUUCCAACAUACUUUGACGCUUGCAAAGAAAUGGGGCUGACAGAAGACACACAUGAGUACAGAAGGUCACUGAGAGAAAUGUCGGAUUGGUGUACUGCAGGCAGACUGAGAAAAAUGUUUGCACUGAUGUACAGUAUUGCCACAGAGGUGCAAAUCACUGAAAUACCCGAACUGUGGGAAACGUUCAGAGACGCCAUGAUUGAUGAUUAUUUGAGGAGGCGUAUGAACAGAGUACAGGCAAUAAAUGCAUGCCUGAGAUCUAUUGCUGACCACCUGCAGAGAAACGACAAGACCUUGACUGAAUUUGGUUUGCCACUGCCCGACGAGAAUGUUGCUCAUGAGCCAGAAGAACCGGGAGAAUCAAUGGAACAAGAUGUACACGUCAUUGAUGUCAAUACAUUGAAUGUAGAACAAAGAAUUGUAUAUGACCAAGUAAUGGAAACAAUUAAGAAGGUCGAGAGAGGCGACCAUGUGGAAACGACAAUGUUCUACAUUGAUGGACCAGGAGGGAGUGGAAAAACCUAUUUAUACAAUACGUUAUUGACCAACAUUUUUGGCAUGAAUAAGGAUGCAAUUGCAGUUGCUUGGACAGGAAUUGCUUCCACUCUGCUGGAAAACGGCACCACCGUACACAAGGCGUUUAAAUUGCCCUUGAAUUUGACAGACAGUACGGUGGCAGGGUGGCCAGUGCAUCACUCAAAGUCUCGACGAAUAAUGAACUCUUCGCUGAUUGUUUGGGACGAGGCACCAAUGUCACCCAAACUGGCUUUAUACGCAAUUGACAAAUUCUUGAGAGACCUGAUGCGGGAGCCAAACAAACCAAUGGGUGGAAAGAUUGUACUGUUGGGCGGUGACUUCCGACAGGUUCUACCCGUCAUUCGACGUGGUCACCGCACCCAAGUGGUACAGUCCAGUAUUAAGUGCAGCUACUUCUGGAAUUAUAUGAAAAAAUUCGAAUUAAGAAUCAACAUGCGACUGGAACAGGAUCAAGUGCAAUUUGGACAAUGGCUCAGUACUCUGGGAAACGGUACACUGCGAAUUCUUGAGCCCCGCCCCAUUAUAAAUGGCGUCGACGAUCUAAUUGAAGUACCGUCAGAGUGUGUGGUGGAAACAAAAGACGAGCUAAUUGACGCUGUGUUUGGUGAACAGCUAGACCAAGAUACGUCCAUGACAGCAAUACUCUGUCCAACAAAUGUGUCCGCUAACGAGAUAAACACGUGA